UGCCCACGGAGGCGCGGGGACCGGGGCUGGGCGUGCGCACCUCGGGCCUGGCCGGGGCUGGGCAGGGGCAGGAGCAGCGUCGAGGCCGGCCAGGCGGGUCGUGCGUUGGCCCAUCCCGGGCUGGUCUCCCCCGCGGUGGUCGCCUGCGGAGGGCGCGUCGAGCAGUUUCCUCCGCGGAAGGCUUUCGCGCCCUCCCGCUCGCCUCGCCGAGAUCCGCCAACCGCAGAAUCGACGCGGCCCCCCUUUCUUCGCGGCCGCCCCAGCCGGCCAUCUUGCAGCCCUGCACAGCGCGCCGCCCCGACAGGCCGGGCGCCCGCGAGUGCAGCCCUCCGCCCGCAGCCCGGCCCGGCCAUGCGCCCCGGCCGCCCCCGGCUGGCGCUCCCCGCCCUGGCGCUGCUGGGCGCCCUCCUCGCGCGGGCGCCCAGCGGCCUGGCCAUGGAGGUCACAGCCCCGGCCACCGUCAAUGCGCUGAAUGGCUCCUCCGCCCACUUCCCCUGCACCUUCAACUCCUGCUAUCGAGUGACUGAGAAGCAGUUCUCCCUCAACUGGACCUACCAGGAGUGCGGGAACUGCACCGAGGUCAUGUUGUUGCAGUUUAAAUCCAAGGUUGUUCCUGUGGAGCAGAUUCGCUUUGGGAACCGUGUGAAGUUCACAGGGAACCUGGCCAAGUAUGACGUCUCCUUCACCCUCCAUGACGUGCAGCUGGAGGACGAGGGUCUCUACAACUGCUAUGUGCUGAACCCCCCUGACCGGCACAAGGGCCACGCCAAAAUCAACCUGAAAGUCGUCACAGAAGUGCCCCCUGAACGUGACUCCACCGUGGCAGUGAUUGUGGGCGCUUCAGUGGGCGGCUUCCUGGCUAUGGUGAUUCUGGCACUGGUUGUGGUCAAGUGUCUCCGGCGGAGGAAGCAGCAGAAGCUGAAUACGGACGACCAGAAGACAGAGGAAGAGGGGAAGACGGAUGGUGAGGGCAACCCCGAGGAAGGCCCCAAGUAGAGCGGGCUCCCUUCUUAUGGCCUCCGCUGCCCCUGCCCAUGUGAUUGGCCUAUUCCCGGAUCCCUGUGAUGCCACGCAGCCUCUACCCCCACCCCAUCCUCCCCAGCUGCAGGGGCGGCAUUGAGCAGUCUGCUUCCAGCAGGCUGCAGGGGGGAGGCCUGAGCAACAUGGAAAACUGGGGCGGGAGGGGGCACAUCCUCUGCUGUGGCUGAAUGGGCAAGAAAGGGAGCUGGCUGGCCAGUGAUCCUGGCACUGCGGCCCUUCUUGCUUGGGUUCAAGGCCACGACGGCAGAGCCCAUCUUUGCCUUCGAGUCUGCAAGGAGGCCUUGCUACGCCACCCCAUCCCAGCCACACACUCCCCUGUGCAGAGCGGCUCUGCUCCGCCCUGCCUCCUCUCACCCCAGUCUUUGCUGAGCCCCUGCCCAGCACUUCCCCGGCCAUCUGAAGCCCAGGGGCUGAGGCUGCAAAUCCAGUAGGGUAGGGUGGGGCAGUUGAUUUCCUGGGCUGGGCAGGGGACGAGCAUCAAAAGGGGGCAUUCAGGGACAGAAGCGGCUGGUGACGGGCUGGUUCUCUUUGCCAAUGCAAAAACUGCCACUGCUGACAACCCACAACUGCCAAGACCAUUCACUGCCAGUGGGAGGGGGCAUUCCAACAGUCCAGCCUGCAGUUCCGUUUCUGCCCCUCCAGGCCCCAGGGAAGGGAAGUGUCCCGGAGCUCCAUGGGCGCGCUCCCUUCCGGGCGCUUCCACCGGGGCCGUGGCUCUUCCCUUACCUGCCGCCCUCUUUGCACAACUCAGCGGUGGGGGUGGGGAGGCGUGGGGCCAGGCUGCUUGUUUGCUUCUCCAAAGCUGCCUCCUGCCGGGGUGGGGAACCUUCCGAGGAGGAGGAGCUGCCCCCUUUGCCCUGGGAGGAGGGCUCCCAGCUCCCCCCUCUUGCCUCGCCUGCUGCCCGUGGCUGUUUUCUUGCCUCUGGCUUCCCCGCCCACUCCCAUAGCCCUGGAGAGGGAAUCCAGAGUGCCCCCCCCCUCUGCUCAGUGGGCUCAAGACCUGGCAACAGUUCAGCCUUGCCUGUUUGUGCCAUGCGGCCUGGGCGGUGGGCGGUGUGUGGCUGUUCCCGACUGCAGACCAACAGGCCCGUUGCGUUCCUCUCCUCUUGCUGCCAGACCUGGGAUCAAAAGGCCCCGUGAGGAACGGGGUGGGGGUGGGGGAGUUGCCCUUGAACACCUGCUGGGAUUGCUGGGCCCAGUGGCUGGCCCACCAGGCUCACACGUGUGGGCAGCAGAGCCAAGAGGCAGCCUCUCUGCACAGGAGAGGGGCCAAGGGGAAGGAAGCCCCUUGUCCUAGGGGUGGGGCAGGCCGGGGGCUCAGCCUUGGGACCCUCCCCCCCCCCGCCUACCUUGGCAUCCUGCUUCCUUUCCCUUAGAGUGCACUGGGCCACUGUGCUUGGCUGGCCACAGUGGCCGUGGGCAAGCUGCUUUUCCUCUCUGGCCUUCCGUCAGCUCGAUGGUGCCUUGGAGGUGUUGCUUUUUUUGUUUGUUUGCCAAAUCUGCACUUUGGUUCUCACCAGAGCUUCAAACGGAAUGUUUCUAUUGCUUUUUGCACCUCUACAACAAGCAAUUGAGUUCACUGACAUUUGCACUUAUGUUUGUGUGUGUGCUGAUAUGUGUUGAGAAUAAGUAUUUAUCAGCCUGGGUCUGCCCAGGGAAAUCCAAAUAUUAGACUAAAUAAAAUGGAAUGUGUAUCUUGGAA